AUGACCUCCAGCUCCCCCAUCCUGCCGCUACCGUUUAAAUUUCGAAGAAAGAGCUCCUCCCCAUCAGAAGGACCAUCGUCUUCAAUUCAGAGCUGGUUCCAAGCCUCGACGUCUAGCUCCCCUUUGUCUUCACCCCCAGCGAGCUCGUCACCCCCACCGAUAUCCCCCUACUCUGCGAAAGGGCAUAACUAUGCGCACAUUAACACCAGUCCGCAAAUACAGAGCGAUUUUAACCUCAGGAAUGCCUCCGAUGUGAUAGAUGAUAUGUCGAUGGUCUGGGGUCCAGACGACCGCUGGAAUUCAUCGAUAAAAUCACCACCGACCCACUGCAGGCUGCCUAGUUUCCGUUCGUCUUUUCCCAGUGACGAUGAGUUACCCGGCUCAGAUUUUGAAAUGUCCGACUAUUCAGAAGAUACACGCUCAAAAUGUGAACCCAUCUCCCGCCCACGUCCCACCGUAGCCCCCGAAAAUGUCUUCUAUUCGGACAGCGAAGAAGAAACAAAUCAGGACGACGAUGCUUUCGAAUUCAAUUCCUCCGAUAUCCGCUCAACGUACUUCGAUACGUCUGCAGAGCGAGGCCGUUGGAAAAGUGACCCAAUGCCAUACCGAUGGCUGCGGAGUUCCGCCCCGGUGACAAGCACACCGACGAGUUUCGAGAACAGUCUGCGGAGGGACUCAGAGCGCCGCGCCAACUUCCAUGAAGCUACUGAACAGGCUUCUUUGGUGACCAAAGUCGUCACUUCCAAGGAGCAAGACCCGUCUCCCGUCUCCUCCGGCGAUUGUUUGGAGCAUUCAUCAUUAUUACAGCAGUUGUCCGAUACCACGACAAACGCCACAGAGAUAAUCGGUCCAUUUUCGCCUCUACCUCCAUCGUCUCCACCAAUCCCCCCGACGACCGACUCGCCAUAUGCACGGUCGCCCUCACCUAUAUCUCUUAGCCCAUUGGCAGAUGCCCCUCCAACAUCAAUACCCACACAAUCGCUAGUACCGUGUGACGCGAGUGAUGAUACACAGUCGUCAGAAGGUGGAGCUCUAUCAAGCCAUGCUGAGAAGAACGUAACAGGCGACGGUUGCUCGGAUCUCGGUUCGCGAGGGUCACAAGAUAUGGACCAUUCAUGCGAUGCUGUUCCUGGUCCCAUUCCGAGCAAUGAACCCCCAUUUUCGUCCGCCGACCUCAUAAACUCCACACUGGCCAGCCUUUCAGCGGAAGAAUCUCAUCAGCUCCCCGCACAAGUUACGGCAUAUAUUUCGGAAUUCGACGAAGAUGAUUCACUUUCGACUAUCUCAUCACUGUCCCCCGUGUCUUCAAGAUCAUCCUCUCCUCUAAGCUCAAUACACGACGAUGAGGAUAGCCAUCCCAUGGUCGUUGUCGCCUCUAGCGACUCGCUAUCGCUUUCUCGGAAAGAUAUGUCGGAGCUGUUGCGGGCGGACAUUGAGAUGUCGGAUAUAUCAAGCUCAAUACCCCCAUCGGUGGCGCUGCCUAGUUGUCCUUCUGUCCAGGACGACGAUAAGGAGAACCGGAAGUUAGAGAAGGCCAAAGUCAAGUCUGCACGCCCGAAACCCGCAAAGCCCAUCGCAUCGCGCACGGACGUCGAACAUGUUGCUUCUGAAACCUCCGGACACCGGAAUACGACGCCUGUUCCUGCCCCGAAGAAAGCUAAGCGUAAGCCCAAAGACGCUAGCUUGGAGGAAGGUCCCUCGAGGAAGAAGGCUAGGGUCUCGAGCACGCCAGCUGAGGAAUUAACUUCCACCUCGAAAGGCAAGGCAAGGAAACCUGAAGCUAAGGCGUCGAAGGAUACUGGCGGUCUAGACGAAUCAGCCUCUGUCAAACCCCGGAAUUGGAAGGCGGCCAGCGUUGUCAAUGAGUCGACGCAUGCCGGUCAGAAACAGCCCGUGAGGCUAAAGCCUAGCAGGGUUUCUGUCUCAGACCCCGGCCCUUAUAAACCCUUGUGUCCGUCGAUAUCACCUUCAGAUCACUCAGGCGGAUCCAAACCAUCGCCCUCAACCCAACAGACCUCCGAAUCUCACGCAACGUCAGUACAACAACCGACAACCCCUUCAGACCAACCCCCAGAACCAAUUGACACUACUCAUGACGCUGAGAUAUGCGGGCUGAUCAUUGAGAGUCUUGCGUUAUCCCGAGCUUCUGCGCAAGCUAUCUCCACGCUCUACGGCGCGAUCAUGCGGGCGCGGCCAACACUACAGGCCCAACGGUCUGAAGAUGAAUGGAUGGACGUUUUCCAGCGCGUGCUGAGUGGCGGCGAUGAAGCGGAAGGUGGAAGCGGUAUAUUUGGCAAAGUCGAGAGUAGUGGCAAGGAUGACGCCGACCGUCCGCUGGAAGCUAAAUGGUUCUACGUGCCGGAGAAGGACGAAGACCAGGAACGCGCUACUGUUAUACGCAGUAUGAUGCCUCGUCCUGGCAAGCGGUCUGUUACCAAGAAGUAUAAGCAGUAUUACUAUCAACCAUUAGGCAAAAUCUCGAGAUGGGAUCCUGAGGAUGAACUCUAG